AAAUGCGUGUGUAGGAGAAAGCUUCAGGUAAAGGAGGAAAUCAAAAUAAGUAUCACAUCACUUGCUACCCACCACAAGUAAAGCGAUACCAAAACUCAUUUAGAAAUCAUGGAGCUAACAGCCGAUGAGCUCAAGGCAUAUGACGGAUCAGAUCCAUCAAAGCCAAUUUACGUGGCAAUCAAAGGUCGAAUCUUCGAUGUGAGCGCCGGUAAUUCGUUCUAUGGUCCCGGUGGGCCUUACUGUAUGUUCGCCGGAAAAGAUGCAAGCAGAGCACUUGCAAAGAUGAGCAAGAACGAAGAAGAUGUUUCUCCAUCUCUUGAUGGGUUAUCUGAGAAAGAAAUGGGUGUUCUCAAUGAUUGGGAGACCAAAUUCGAAGCUAAGUAUUCAAUUGUUGGAACUCUGAUUUCUUAAUUACUUUUGGAUCUGGGAAUUAUGAAUAAAUAUAGGGUUUUCUUAUGAAUAAAUACUUUGUUUCAAUGGUUGUUACAUAUUGUUUCAUAAUAUAUUGUAUUGUAUGAUACUAUUUUUUUUGUUAUUACAUAUCACACAUCAACAAUUUGAAGAAUAAA